AUGGAGCCGGGACCGCCGGCUCGACGCACGGCCAUGGCGCCGCUGCUGGAGUACGAGCGGCAGCUGGUGCUGGAGCUCCUGGACACGGACGGGCUGGUGGUGUGCGCCCGCGGGAUGGGCGCGGACCGGCUCCUCUACCAUUUCCUCCGGCUUCACUGCCACCCCGCCUGCCUGGUGCUGGUACUCAACACGCAGCCGGCCGAGGAGGAGUAUUUUAUCAAUCAGCUGAAGAUAGAAGGCAUAGAACACCUCCCUCGCCGUGUAACAAAUGAAAUCGCAAGUAAUAAUCGUUAUGAAGUUUACACACAAGGCGGUGUCAUAUUUGCAACUAGUAGAAUACUCGUGGUUGAUUUCUUAACUAAUAGAAUACCUUCAGAUUUAAUUACUGGCAUCUUGGUGUAUAGAGCCCACAGAAUAAUCGAGUCUUGUCAAGAAGCAUUCAUCUUGCGCCUCUUUCGCCAGAAAAACAAACGUGGUUUUAUUAAAGCUUUCACAGACAAUGCUGUUGCUUUUGAUACUGGUUUUUGUCAUGUGGAGAGAGUGAUGAGAAAUCUUUUUGUGAGGAAGCUGUAUCUGUGGCCCAGGUUCCAUGUAGCAGUAAACUCAUUUUUAGAACAGCACAAACCUGAAGUUGUAGAAAUUCAUGUUUCUAUGACACCCGCCAUGCUUGCCAUACAGACUGCUAUACUGGACAUUUUAAAUGCAUGUCUCAAGGAACUAAAAUGCCAUAACCCAUCACUUGAAGUGGAAGAUUUAUCUUUAGAAAAUGCUAUUGGAAAACCUUUUGACAAGACUAUCCGCCAUUAUCUGGAUCCUUUGUGGCACCAGCUUGGAGCAAAGACUAAAUCCUUAGUUCAGGAUUUGAAGAUACUACGAACUUUGCUGCAGUAUCUCUCUCAGUAUGAUUGUGUCACAUUUCUUAAUCUUCUGGAAUCUCUGAGAGCAACCGAAAAGGCUUUUGGUCAAAAUUCAGGUUGGCUGUUUCUUGACUCCAGCACCUCAAUGUUUAUAAAUGCUCGAGCAAGGGUUUAUCAUGUUCCAGAUGCCAAAACGAGUAAAAAAGGCAAAAUGUCUGAAAAGAUAGAGAUUAAAGAAGAGCAAGAAACAAGAAAAGAACUGGUCCUAGAAAGCAACCCAAAGUGGGAGGCUCUAACUGAAGUGCUCAAAGAAAUUGAGGCAGAAAAUAAAGAGAGUGAAGCCCUUGGUGGUCCAGGUCAAGUGCUUAUUUGUGCAAGUGAUGACAGAACAUGUUCCCAGCUGAGAGACUAUAUCACCAUGGGAGCCGAGGCCUUCUUACUGAGGCUCUAUAGGAAAACCUUUGAGAAGGACAGCAAAGCUGAAGAAGUGUGGAUGAAAUUUAGGAAGGAGGAUAGUUCAAGAAGAAUUAUGAAAUCUAACAAAAGACCCAAAGACCCCCAAAACAAAGAAAGGGCUUCUACCAAAGGAAGGACUCUCAAAAAGAAAAAACGAAGAUUGACUUUAACUCAGAUGAUAGGAAAAUCUGAAGACCUGGAAGAGGAAGGCGAUGUUGAGGAAGGAGAUCAUAGGGAAAUAAGCAGUAGCUCAGAAAGCUGCUUGGAAGAAAUUAAGCAUGAAGAGUUUGAUUUAAAUCUGUCAUCAGAUGCUGCUUAUGGAAUCCUGAAAGAACCCCUCACAAUCAUCCAUCCGCUCCUGGGUUGUAGUGACCCCUAUGCUCUGACCAGGAUACUCCACGAAGUAGAGCCCCGGUAUGUGGUUCUGUAUGAUGCAGAACUCACCUUCGUCCGUCAGCUUGAAAUUUACAGGGCAAGCAGGCCCGGGAAGCCUCUGAGGGUUUACUUUCUUAUCUAUGGAGGUUCAACUGAGGAACAACGCUACCUCACUGCCUUGCGGAAAGAAAAGGAAGCUUUUGAAAAACUCAUAAGGGAAAAGGCUAGCAUGGUGGUCCCUGAAGAAAGAGAAGGCAGAGAUGAAACAAACCUAGACCUAGCAAGAGGAGCAGCAUCUACAAGUGUUCCCACUGACACUCGGAAAGCCGGUGGCCAGGAACAGAAUGGUACACAGCAAAGCAUUGUUGUGGAUAUGCGUGAAUUUCGAAGUGAGCUCCCAUCUCUGAUCCAUCGUCGGGGCAUUGACAUUGAACCAGUGACUUUAGAGGUGGGAGAUUACAUCCUGACUCCAGACAUGUGCGUGGAGCGCAAGAGUAUCAGUGAUUUGAUUGGCUCUUUAAAUAACGGCCGUCUGUACAACCAGUGCAUCUCCAUGUCCCGCUACUACAAGCGACCUGUGCUUCUGAUCGAGUUUGACCCUAGCAAGCCUUUCUCUCUCACUCCCCGAGGGGCCUUAUUUCAAGAGAUCUCCAGCAAUGACAUUAGUUCCAAACUCACUCUUCUCACACUUCACUUCCCCAGGCUCCGGAUUCUCUGGUGCCCCUCCCCUCAUGCCACUGCCGAGUUGUUUGAGGAGCUGAAACAAAAUAAGCCACAGCCUGAUGCAGCAACAGCAUUGGCCAUUACAGCAGAUUCUGAAACCCUCCCUGAGUCAGACAAGUAUAAUCCUGGUCCCCAAGACUUCUUGUUAAAAAUGCCAGGGGUAAAUGCCAAAAACUGUCGCUCCUUGAUGAACCACGUUAAGAAUAUUGCAGAAUUAGCAACCCUGUCACAAGACAAGCUCACAAGUAUUCUGGGAAAUGCUGCAAAUGCUAAGCAGCUUUAUGACUUCAUUCACACCUCUUAUGCAGAAGUCGUAUCAAAAGGAAAAAUGAAAAAAUGAACAAUGGUGGCUGUUUUCUUACCCCAAGACUGCUUUUCACCUGCUUUUUGCAAGCCAUGUUCGGUCAUUAUUAUUAGCUCAGUAUUUCAUUCUUUUCCAGUGCUUUUAAUGGUUGUGUGUUCUGUUUCCAAAAUCAGUGGACCAGAAGCCAGCCAGGAUUCCUUUCUGAACUUCGUGUUUAGGCCUCAUUUUAACUUUCCCAUGCCUGCUGUCUUCCCUCCCUGCACUGUCUAUGCCAGGCCUAGUGUAUUCAGUUUUUAAAUGAGGUGUGUCAGGAUCAGAUAAAGUUUCUACAUUGUUUACAGGAAGCCAUUUUUGAGACAAGCAGAGAUUUGUGUUUCCUACAAAAACUGAGAAAACACACAACCAUGUACUUAACCCUCUGUCUACACGGUGCCCUCUGGAAUACGAAGGACCAUCUCUUUGUUAUUCCUGAGCAGUUCUCUACACCACAUUCUUCAACUCCAUACUUCUUCCACCUGACUGCCUGUGAGGAAAAUUCAUGGGGUGUUCCUACUACUAAUCUACAGCCACCUCCAAAACUGGCUGACUAGUUCUCCAAUCACUUGAAUAUAUGUAGUGUAUACUGUAACUUGAUUGUUCAAAACCAGUAUUUUUAAGACAUAAAAUGAAUUACCUAUUUGCAAAAUGUGGUGGUAUAGGUGAAGGAGCUCUUAGAAUUCUGUUUUUGCACAUAUUCAACCUCCUCUUAAUAAAAUCAAAGGUCUCUAA